GUUGGCGAGUAAUGGAGCGCCUCCCUAUGUGUGUGUAGCUCGGAGCGACUUGGUCCUCCAGGUCGCAUCAACACCCGGGAUGUCGAGCGUAGAAACCGCGGCGGAGCACGAGCGGAUCCUACGGGAGAUCGAAAGCACCGACACCAACUGUAUCGGGCCUACCCUCCGGUCAGUGUACGAUGGAGAGGAGCAUGGUGUGUUCAUGGGGAAGCUGGACGGGAGGAUCCGGAGCCAUGACCGGGACAUUGAGAGGAUGUGUAACCACCACUUUCAGGGCUUUGUGGACUCCAUCACUGAGCUGCUCAAAGUCCGCGGAGAGGCACACAAACUCAAGAGUCAGGUGACGGAGACAGACCGACGCCUCCAGCAAGAUGGGAAAGGGCUGAUGGCUUCUAUGGAGGAACUAAGACAAUGUCGUAUACAGCAGAAAAACAUUGCUAGCACCAUUGACAAGCUACAAAUGUGUCUACCUGUUCUGGAGAUGUACAGCAAACUACAGGAGCAGAUGGAGGCCAAAAGGUACUACCCAGCCCUGAGGACCCUGGGCCAGCUGGAGCAGACCUGUCUGCCCAGAGCCGGACAGUACCGGUUCUGUGGUCUGAUGGCCGACAGCACCCCUCUACUCCGCUCACAAAUCAGAGACACGGCCAUGACCCACCUCCGAGACUUCCUCGAGAGUAUCCGCAAGCACUCUGACAGGCUGGGGGAGACCGCCAUAAAACAGGCCCAGGUGCAGCGAUCAUUGGACAGCUCCCCCUCCGUACAUCCCAGGGCCCUGAUUGGCCGACGCAUCAGGAAGGAGUUGUCGUUAGGGGCGGGGACCGAGAGUAACGGACAGGGGGGCAGUCCACUGUCGGAGCAGGACUCUGGGAUCCUGGACGUAGAAGAUGAUGAGGAGGAGGAGGAAGAGGAGAUACCAGGUGCUCAGGACUUGGUGGACUUCUCUCCGGUGUAUCGCUGUCUUCACAUCUACACGGUCCUGGGUUUGCGUGACGUCUUUGAGAACUACUACAGGAAGCAGAGGAGGAAACAGGCCCGGCUCGCCCUCCAACCACAGUCUAACAUGCAUGAAACACUGGAGGGAUACCGCUGCUACUUCAAUCAAAUAGUGGGGUUCUUUGUGGUGGAGGACCACAUCCUCCACACCACUCAGGGACUGGUCAACACGGCCUAUGUGGACGAGCUGUGGGAGCUGGCCCUGUCCAAGACCAUCGCAGCCCUCAGAACACACUCUUCCUACUGUGACGACCCCGACCUGGUACUGGACCUGAAGAACCUCAUCGUCCUGUUUGCUGAUACACUGCAGGGCUAUGGGUUCCCAGUGUCCCAGCUGUUUGAGCUGAUGUUGGAGAUGAGAGAUCAGUAUGGAGAGAUCCUACUGAAGAAGUGGACACAAACCUUCAGGCAGAUCCUGGACCAGGACAACUACAGUCCAAUCCCCGUAGCAACGGAGCAGGAGUAUAAAAACUACACUUCCCAGUUUCCCUUGCAGGACCCGGAGCUGGACAAGGCUGCGUUCCCCAAGAAGCUGCCGUUCUCCGAGCUGGUUCCCAGGGUCUACUGCCAGAUCAAAGAGUUCAUCUACGCCUGUCUCAAGUACUCUGAGGACCUGCACCUCAGUUCUACAGAGGUAGAUGACAUGAUACGCAAGUCCACCAACCUGUUGCUGACGCGGACACUCAGCCACUGUCUUCAGAACGCCAUCAAGAAGAGGAAUGUUGGCCUGCCAGAGCUGGUCCAGGUGAUCAUCAACUCCAGCCACCUGGAGCAGGCCUGUACCUUCCUGGAGGAGUUCAUCUCCAACCUGACCAACGUGCCCCCGGACACGGCCAACUCCACCCAGCUGUACGGCACCUCCACCUUCAAGGACACCCGGCAUGCGGCGGAGGCGGAGAUCUACACCAACCUCAACGCCAAGAUAGACCAGUUCUUGCAGCUGGCAGAUUACGAUUGGACCACCGCCGCGCAGGGGGGCGGAGCCAUGACGCCCAGCGACUACCUGACUGACCUCAUCACCUUCCUGCAGAGCACCUUCACGGUCCUCACAAACCUGCCGGGGAUGCCCGUCGAACACGCCACGCUGCCGGGAACCAGACCUCAGCAUGUGACAGGGGUGAGGCACGUCCGUCACUAAGUACUCGGAUGUCUCCGUGUGGCCAUUAAGUCACUCACCUAUUGCAUGCUGGGUAAUGCCAGUCCCUGUCAGGUAACCCAACACUGCAUAUCUGCAACAGGGUUGAGAGUGUGUAACUAAAACGCAUUCUGGGGUGCCUUGCUCCCUUGUGAUGUGGUUGAUGUGAAACCGGACGCUGUUAUGGUUGCCAGUGGUUUAAGCAAAGGGACACACAUUUGCCAGCCCUAGUCAUAUAUAUGGUCUGGUUGGUUUAACCCAUUUUUUAUCUGCCACAACUAAACCAAUAACCACUCUCAUUGUAUACUUGAAUCAUGGCAGCAGAGCAUAGUAGUCUUGGGUCCAUCUCCUGUACCUACUGCUGUAUUAACAUAGUCUGUACUUGUGUGUUUCAGUAGUCUAGAAGUCUCUGAGGCAGUGUGUGUGUGUUGUGUGUUUCUCUGUUUAUUUCUGCACAAGCCAGUUCUCUGUGUCAGGCUGUUCCUUACAUGUCCUUACCGGUAUUGCUUCUUAACACGGAUAAGCAGGCAGGAAUGUCUCCAGGUCACGUACACGCCCAAACGCGCACACACAUGCACACACACACACACACACACACAC